AUGACAACCACCACCACCACCACCACGACCAACGGUCAAUCAUAUCUGGAUGAGAGUUUGGAAGAAAGAAGGAAACGGUUUCUAUUAGAAGUAGAUGCAAAACACGAACGGGCACACGACAAGGAUGAUGCAACCAAACGAUUUCAGUAUUUAUUGGGUUUAAGUGCAUUAUUUAGAAAAUUUAUCAAUCUAAACGCUUCUAAAGACCCAGAAUUUAAAAAAAGAAUUAGAGAAAUAGACAACAAAACUUCAUUCAAGGAAUCAAGUAAGAAGGCCAAAAAUUCAAGACGAAGAAAAACUGAAAAGGAAGAAGAUGCAGAAUUGUUACAGGAUGAAGAACAUCAAGACGAUGAAGAUCAUCAACAUACAGUAUUAACAGAAUCUCCAUCGUAUAUUAAAGAAGGAAAACUAAGAGAAUACCAAAUACAGGGGUUGAAUUGGUUAAUAUCGUUGUAUGAAAACAGAUUAAGUGGAAUAUUAGCUGAUGAGAUGGGAUUAGGGAAAACUUUGCAAACCAUCUCCUUUUUAGGUUACUUGAGAUAUAUCAAACAUAUCGAUGGACCUUUCAUUGUUAUAGUUCCCAAAUCAACCUUAGAUAAUUGGAGAAGAGAGUUUGCAAAAUGGACUCCUGAUGUUAACGUGGUAGUAUUACAAGGUGAUAAAGAACAAAGAGCCAAUAUAAUUAAGGACCAAUUGUAUACAGCAAAAUUUGAUGUUUUAAUCACUUCUUUUGAGAUGAUUCUUCGCGAAAAAAGUGCUCUUCAAAAGUUUAGAUGGGAGUACAUCGUUGUUGAUGAAGCUCAUAGAAUCAAAAAUGAAGACAGUUCACUUUCAAAAAUAAUUAGAUUAUUUUAUUCUAGAAAUAGAUUACUUAUUACUGGUACCCCAUUACAAAAUAAUUUGCAUGAGCUUUGGGCGUUAUUAAAUUUUCUCCUACCGGAUGUAUUUGGUGAUUCCGAUCAAUUUGAUGAAGCAUUUGACAAUCAGAAUACCGAAGAACUAGAUGAAGAGCAAAAGCAGAAAAAACAGGAUAAAGCAGUUCAGGAAUUGCACCAGCUUCUAAGCCCCUUUUUACUUCGAAGAGUAAAGGCAGACGUGGAAAAGUCGUUAUUACCGAAAAUUGAAACUAAUGUUUACAUUGGUAUGACAGAUAUGCAAGUAGAAUGGUACAAGAGAUUGUUAGAGAAAGAUAUUGAUGCGGUUAAUGGUGUUGUUGGAAAACGCGAAGGCAAGACACGACUUUUGAACAUUGUGAUGCAAUUGCGUAAAUGUUGUAACCAUCCUUAUCUAUUUGAUGGUGCUGAGCCGGGGCCACCAUAUACUACAGAUGAGCAUUUGGUUUACAAUUCCGGUAAAAUGAUAAUUUUGGAUAAAAUGCUUAAAAAAUUCAAAGCAGAAGGCAGCAGAGUGCUAAUUUUCUCACAAAUGUCACGUGUGCUCGAUAUUCUUGAGGAUUAUUGUUAUUUUCGAGAAUAUGAAUAUUGCCGAAUUGAUGGAUCAACUUCACACGAAGAUCGAAUUGAAGCUAUUGAUGAAUAUAAUGCACCAAAUUCAGACAAAUUUAUUUUCCUUUUAACAACACGUGCUGGUGGGUUGGGCAUUAAUUUAACAAGUGCUGAUAUUGUAAUUUUAUACGAUUCAGAUUGGAACCCUCAAGCGGACUUACAAGCUAUGGAUCGAGCACAUAGAAUUGGUCAAAAAAAACAAGUCAAAGUUUUCCGAUUUGUUACUGAAAAAGCCAUUGAAGAGAAAGUUCUAGAAAGAGCAGCACAAAAAUUGAGAUUAGAUCAGUUAGUCAUCCAACAAGGCCGACAAAUGAACUCAAAUAACAAUGUUGGAAACUCGAAGGAUGAUUUGAUUGGUAUGAUUCAACACGGAGCCAAAGAAGUUUUUGAAAACUCCAAGGGCACAAUGUUGGAUGAUGAUGUUGAGGAAAUUUUGAAACGAGGAGCAGAAAAAACAGCAGAACUCAACAAUAAAUUCAAUAAACUUGGUCUUGAUGAUGUGCAAAAUUUUACUUCUGAUGCUUCUGCAUAUGAGUGGAACGGUCAUGAUUUCACGAAAAAGGGAAAUAAUGCUAGUUUAGGCUUGAAUUGGAUCAAUCCAUCCAAGAGAGUAAGAAAAGAGUUAACAUAUUCCGUCGAUAAUUAUUACAAAGAUGUAUUGAAGCAACCUGUCGUGGUCAAAGAAAAAGUUGCUAAGCAACCAGUUGUGAAACCCAAGGCUCCAAAGUCGUAUAAUGUACAGGAUCAUCAAUUUUUUGCUGAUGAAUUAGUAACCCUACUUGAAAGAGAACAGUUGGCAUUUAAAAAGGAAAUCAAUUAUCAAUAUUCUGUAGAUGAUUUUGGAGAUAGUGAUGAAGAAUUCCUUGAACAAGAUGAUGAGGACGACAUGACACGUGACGAGAAGCGUAAAAUUGCCCAAGAAAAGAUUAAUAAUGCAGUUGCUUUAAAUGAAGAGGAAAUUGCUACAAGGGAUAAGUUACUUGAAGAGAGUUUCCAUAAUUGGUCAAGAAGAGAUUUUACCAAUUUUAUACAUGCAACAGCAAAGUAUGGACGCAAUGAAUAUAAAAAAAUUGCCAAAGCUCUAGGUAAUAAAAAACGUGCUGAAAUUGAACGCUAUUCCAAAACGUUUUGGCAAAAUUAUCAAAAGAUAGAAGGUUACGAAAAGUAUUUAUCUCAAAUUGAAGCAGUCGAGAAAAAGCGUGACAAGUUGAUAAAUCAACAAAAAUUAUUAGCUAAAAAAAUUGAAAGCCUAGAAGAUCCUUUAGAGGAUUUGAAAAUUCUAUACCCACCAAACAAUUCCAAACGAGUUUAUUCCAAAACAGAAGAUAAGUUUUUGUUAUACUGUGUUCACAAGUAUGGCUUAUCAACAGAAAAUUUGUAUGAUAAGAUAAAAGAUGACAUUCUAGCCAGUGACAUUUUCAAAUUUGACUGGUAUAUAAGGUCUAGAACUCCACAAGAAAUUGGAAGAAGAAUAUCCACAUUACUACUAGCGAUAUCUCGUGAAAUGGAAGGUCCAUUACAUGGGAAGAAAAGGAAAACAAUGGGUGAAUCAAAUAGUAGCUCUAGAUUUGGAUCAGUUGAACCUUCAUCAGUAAACGGAGAAAAACAUUCUCCAGAAGUUAUCGACAAUGAACAGACGGUUAAAAAAAUGAAACUCUAA